AUGCCCGGCAGGCACAAUCCUAGGAGCUCUUCCUGCUGCCACUGCGAGUUGAGUUGCAUGGGAGCCGUUGUACUUCUUGAGAAGGGUAUGCUUGUACGGAAGUGGAAUGUGGCCCUUUCAAUUCAAGGUACAGACAUGCGAGCCGUUAGAGGCCUGGGACAAGUGAUUUCAAGCGCGAAGGUGUUUGAGCAAAGGGUGUGCACCAUGCUGGCGAUUUGGGCCAUUUUCCACAUAUGGGCCAACUCCAUCAUCGCCUGGGUGAUUGGUGCACAUUUUGAGGCACUGGUAGUCUUGCUUCUUAUCCUAGAUAGUGACGCAGUUUAA